GCCGCUCAUUCUCCCGUCAGGCGAGGUCUCGUGCGCGUGCGCAAGGAGAGCGAGCCAACUCUCUUUCUGAGAUGCAGCCCUUAGCCGGGGUGCGCGCGCACGCGCGAGGGAGAGGGCAGGGUAGGGUGUGUGUGCGAGCGCGCGUGCGCGCGCAACCGCUGGAGAAAGAGAGCCGAGCGCGCUCCCCUCCCGGCCUAGCGCUGGUGGUGGCGGUAGAGGGAACGAGCGAGCGAGCGAGCGCGGGGUCACUCGGCCGGCCGACUAUUUAACUCCCCCCACCCCCACCCCGCUUUCUCCCAAGGCUGGUUCUUCCUCCGUUUUAUUUUCGUGUGUGUGAGUGAGUGUCGUUUUGGCGGCCAUCGUCGAGAUAAGCCCGCCCGCCUCUUUUACUCCUUCUUUUAACCCCUUGUUUUUUUAAUUCCCUCCAUCCCCCCCCCCCCGUGCUCGCUUCGCCAGCUCAUAGCGCCCUCCUCACACGGUCCUCUCGCGGCCCGUCCGGGGGUGGGAGCCAGGCCGCGGCUCGCCGCCCAGCCCAGCGCCCACAGGUGAGGAGGCAAAGAGUGAGAGGGAAUGUGUGGUGUCGCCGCCGCCGCCUCAUGCCGGGCCCGAGCAGGCCUCGCCGCGGCCUAACGGGAGUCUGAGGAGAAGUGGCGGCGGCGGCUGGCCUGAGUGCGAGGGGGUGGGGGGAGUCCGGAGGAGGGGAGGCCCGCGGCUUGCCUCCUCGGAAGGAGGGUGGGUGGGCUGACUGGCUUGGUCGGAUUCCCAGGCCCCGCCGCGCGCAGGCCCCGCUCCGCCUCCCUCGCCUUCUUCCCUUUGUGGUGGAAGAGAGGGGCUGGCUGGGCGGCCGGCCGGCCGGCGUCGCCUGCUUGGCCUCGGAUGUCCUUUUGUGCUGGGUUCGGAGGGGAGGCAGGCCUCGGCGGCACCAGAAACAACAGCGUGGCUUCGGCGGUGGCCUCCUCGCAGCCCUCAGUCUCGUCUUCCACGGUCACCGCUUCAGUGGCGGGGAGGAGGAAGUGCGAGGGGGGGGGGGAGCGGCCCGUGCGGCGCGGCUUCCUCGGGAGCAAAGCCCUGCAGCUUUCACGAACCGGCGCUUACUCUUGAGGAAGUCUGACAGCCAUGGUGUAAUCGUGUUGCUAGUUAGGGAGCAAGCCCCGCUGCCUUCAGAUGUAGCGCUUGCUCCCGAGGAAGGCAGGCAGCCACAGUCUGUUGUUGCUGCUGCUGCUUGCUAAUGUUGCUAAUAAGGACUAAUAACUAAGUCGGACUGACGCCGAAAGGUCGUGCAAAGCCACGUGCAAAGUUUUCAGGUUCCCCAGAACUCUUCCUCAGUCAAGGUGUUAAAAGGAAACAAGUGGUAGUGGGUGAGAAAGGGGGAAGGGUGAGCCCAGUGAUGUUUGCUGCCCAAAACUUGUGUGCAAUUUGUAACGGUCUUUAAGGUGGAAUGCACGUGGUGGCUAGAUAGAUGUAAUGAUAUUAGCUACACUUGCCACCGUACAAGAUGGCAGCAUGCACGGGGGGAGGGGUGGAGGGUACUUGGGACAAAAGAAGCAAUGAAGGUGGUUCCCCAUUUUUGGGUGUUUGGAAAUACACAUUUCACUUACUGGGUUGUGUCUGUAGAGCACACUGGUUCUUUGGUGUGUGGGGAGAAAGCAAGAAGAAAGAGAAACAGGUUAAUUGUGGAUUGGAACAUUAAAUGAUGAGUGUGACACUGGAGGGUUAAGCUGCACUUUCUCUCUUACCUUUCUUUCUAGUUUUCAAAACUUAUUGGGAGCUGAUCACAUCUCUCCACCCCCACUUCCCUGAUCCCCAGAUGUUUGACAUCCCUUAUAUGGACAAUUCCUGACAUCAAAUAAAAUUGGCAGGGAUGCUGAUCCCCUUUCCUUUCUAACAAAAAUGCAAGAUCUGCUGUACAAGUGUUUACUUAAAACUGCCAUUAUAUCCUGUAUGCCUUACUCUCCAGUAAGUGUGAUUAGGAUGCAGCCCAAUAUCAUAAUCCACUGUGUUCAAAGUAACUCCCAUUGUUUUCAGUAGGACUUAGUCCCAGCUAAGCAUGCAUAGGAUUGUAGCCCUAGUUGUAAUUGCUGCUGAACUUUCUGAUCUCCCUACCUCUCCUUACCAAUUUAUUACACCAGAGAUCUUAAGAGGUAGGGACAUUCCUCAUCUUGUAUCUACAUCUCAGUUGAUCUGUUUAUUGCACACUUAUUUUCCCUGUUUAAAUUCCUAGUUUGUGAUAUGUUUCUGCUUGUUUGUCUCCGCCCUUUUUUUGUUCUACAAUGCAUCACCAUGCAUUGUUUUAUGUACAUAAUGAUAUGUUAUUACUUUACCUGUGUAGAGUGAAGGCAUUACAUAAAAUACGGAAAGGGCUGUUUCUGUUUAGUGUACAUUUUUUACUGCAGAAGUGGUUCCUGUUCUUGUGUAGUGUGGGGAAGUUCAAGACUGGUUUUGAACUGUGGAAACUUGAUAAAUUAGGCGCAAUGUGACCUUAGAGAAACUGUGUGCAAGUGGUAAAGAUAGGAGUAUGGAAAUAUAUAACACAUCUUGCCACUUUCAAUUUCAUGUUGUUGUUUUUUUUAAAUCUUUAAUACAUGUAUCAUUAAAAUUGCCUGUGUAGGCUUCCUAGUUGUAUACUAGGGGUUGGCAACCUAAGGCCCAUGGGCUGGUAGCGGCCCACGGGGCUCGUCUAUCCGGCCCAUGGUGCUGCCUGCUCUUACUGGCGCGGCAUGGGGACCGACUUCCGGGUUGAUGGUGCCUGUGCGCACACGGUAUUUCCAGCGCACAUCCGGGUCGGAGGAGCGCUGGAAAUAGUGUGUGCGCACAGGGUCUCCUCCGACCCGGAAGAGCACGCGUGCGUGCACACACACUCCGGCCCAUCUGACAGACAGAGUGUGGACCGGCCCAUCGUUCGGUAAGCUUGCUGACCCGUGAUGUAUACAGAUAAAUAUGGUAUUUUCCAGAAUAAAGAAUAAAAUCAUUAUUUGCUUUAAUCAUAUAUGACAGAAGUGGACAAUUGUGUAAUAACACUCUUUAAAAAUGCAAGGUUCUAUGCUGUUUGUGGGUUUGUUUUUUACAUGUUUGAGCCAUGACCUAGUUCUUCAUGUUCUCCCUAUAGAUGCUGUAUGCUUACUUUUAAAUCACUGCUUUUUCGAGUACGGAAUAGUUGAUUUGGUAUUGUGACAUCAACCUUGCAUGAUCACUUGCUUCAUGAAGUUAAAUAACAGUUGGAAAAGCAGAAAGCAUUGGACCACCUGUGUAUAAGCAGACUUCUUGUGAAAUAGCUAAAUAAUAUUAAACAUUCAUGUAGUGUAAUUCACCUGUUCAAAACACCUGGCACAUUAUUUGAUAAUCCUUAAUAUAACAUUGCAGGAUAGUAUAGUCCCAAUAUUAUUAUCUCCAUAUGGGUCUGAAGCUAUGAGAUAGUGGUUUGCCCAGGGCCACUUUUUAAUUCCAUGGCAGAGGUCAGAUUUGAACCUGGGUCUCUGAUUCUUAGUUACUGAACUAAACUAGUCCUCUGUAAUUAUAGCUUGGAUUUGUGAGGGUCAUUGUGAUGAAAGGGUUGAUGAUUUCUUAAAUUUAGUAUAAAAAAAGGUUCUAGAGAAAGAUAGAUAAGUUUGGAUGAUCACUAAGCAAAUAAGGACUCUGCAUACAUUACAACAAUUUUAAUUGCUUCUUUUUCUGUGUCUGAAUUUUCCCCCAUCUCUUAAUUGGGUUUAAAGAAGACUGACAUAUUGUUCCUUUCCUGUGUUGAAAUAAUCAUUAUCUAAGAAAAUAGGAAUUUGUCAUCAUGUGUGAAACGGCGCUGUGAGUAAAAAUAUUAAAUGUGCCAGAAACAAAAAAAAGUCUUCCAAAUGCCAUACUGCAGUUACCUGUGGUAGUAUUGGCACAUUUGCUAUAAAAUAUUUUCAUUGAUUACAAAAUAGUUCAGAAGCCUAGGGCAAGAUAACUGCAGUCCUGUCCUCUGUUUUUCUUGUACUAAAAUUAUAGAGAAACUGAACUUUUGGUAGUCCAAUAAAUUAGUUGUUUGUACUAAUCAAGAAUUGAACUAGCCUAGCAUAAGGUGGUUAGGAUAGUGUAACCUAAAAAAAUUGUAUUUAAUGUGGGUCUUAUUACAGGGUUAGUUACAAAACUUUAUUUAACUGACAUCAAAGUGACGAACAGCUUUCACUCAAAUCAACACUUUCAUGUAGUUCAGAGCAAUAUGCAGAGAUGCUAUGAUUACUGCUAUAUUAGGUGAGAGAAGUAAAUAUGUGGUACAUGUUUCCCACAUCCCCUAGUGAUGAUAAAAAAACUCUGUGGCAGGACUUAUCUGGGAUCACUGGAGAUUUCUGGUGUUUUCUGUAAUAAUUUGAUUUAUUGUUCAGAGACUGCAAACAGAAUAGGUGAGUGCAGAUGGCAUAAAUGCUUCCAACAAGCAGAAAAUGCACUAUCCCAUUAGUCCCCAGUGAGAAGCACCCCUGCACCCCAAUAUACUUUCAGCUCUUAACAAAGUGCUGUCAGAUAGGUUGUAAAUAGCUUAUUUAAGUGUUUAUACAUUUAUAAAACACUGAUUUAGCAAUAUUUAUUUAAUUGCAAAAGGGCGUCUAGAAACUCCAUUGUGGUGACCAUAACCUACGGUUAAGGCGCCAUUUGACUUUUAGCUUACAUAUCUGAGUUUCUAACACUGCUGGGAGGGGAAGGGUCUGCUUUGCCACCCAGGAAAGACACUGGUGAAGUAGCACCCAACAGGAUUGAACCCUGCUCAUCUGAUAAUAGGUAGAUGUGGUUUGAGGCAAGUGGCCUUGCUGGCCAAAUUGCAUCCCUGACAGACAAAGAUUUGGCCCAUGGGCCAGAGGUUCCCUACUAAAGUAGCUCUUUUUCAAUUCAAGGCUUAUAGUUACCUUUUAAAAUACUUUAAAGUAUAUUUAUUUUAUGCAAGUCCCUUUUAGUUCUUUUGAUUCAUUUUGCCUCACUAGCCCUGCUUUUUCUUGGGGAGAUUAUGGCAUGAAGUUACAUAUUUUCUCCUAAUUGUUUUUUUCUGUUUGUUUGGUGUAUGUCGCAUUUUCUGCUCACAUAGCUUAAAAUGAGAAAAGCCUGAAAAAUCCUAAUGGAGCAAUCAAACUAUGUUAGAUGGACAAGGGACCAUGCAGGCAGUAGUGGGGAUUAAAGAUUUCCCAGUCCCUCUGCCAAUUUUUUCAUGAGCAGCAUUUGGUUUCAUGGCAUUACUUGCACAGGGGUAAAAAAAAAUCUUUCUGAUUUUUAGGUACCUGAGGAACCAGGCACUCAGAAUACAGCGAUUUUAGUCCUUCCUUAAGUUCAUUUCUUAUGUUAACAAUCAUACCUGACGACGGAUAGUUUCAAUAAUAGAUUCAUGUAAUAGACAGUGGUCGCAGAAGUUCAAAUACAUAAGCCAUAUUGGGAUAGUUGUUCAAAUACAUAGAAGUUCAAAUACAUAAGCCAUAUUGGGAUAGUUGUGUGACUGAAUUUGAGCACAAUUUUCAGCGCUUGAAAAUGUCGUUGAAAAUAUUUGCUUUCCCAUGUUAAAAUGUAUGCACAACUUUAAAAGCAAGUAAUCUGAUGCUCUUGGGGGUCUAAUAUGAGAAUGUGUAUUGCCUGCUUUUAUUCCACAGUGCUAAACAAACAUAACUGGAAGGAAGUUGCACACAGUAAUGGAACUUGCUUUAAAAGAAGUACAGUUGGGAUGAAAACUUUUGUUGAAGUGAGCACUUAUAAAAUGGCAUUCUAAGCACAAAAACAAAACCCAACAACCCCACCUCCAAAUUAUUUAAGAGCCCUGGGAAUUGUAGGUUGUAGUCAUUGUAGUGAAGUGGAUAGAGUAUCUGACCAGGAGCUGGAAGAGCAGGGUUCAAAUCCCCACUCAGUCAUGAGGCUCACUGACCUUAGGCCACUUAAUGCCUCUCAGACUAAUGUACCUCACAGGGUUGUUGUGGGGUUUGUAUGAAGAGGGGGACAACAACAUAAUCACCUUGAGCUCCUUGGAGAAGAAAAGGUGGCCUUUAAAUGAAGUUUUAAAAACAGCAAAGCUGCCUGAGGGUUAUUUUCAGACCAUUGUAGCACUGUUUUUCAUGAUUUCUUGCUGCUGUAAAAAUGAAGUUACAGUUGUUGAAUCUGUGAAUCCUGUGCAUUUAACUGAACAUAAUCUGUCUAACACCAGAAACCACUUGGGCUCACUUGUCUCUUGAAAUCUAUCCAUUUUUUAAAAUUAUUAUUAGUAGCUAGUCAUUUUAAUGAUCUGUACUGCUUUUAAUAUAAGGGAUGCGGGUGGCGCUGUGGGUUAAACCACAGAGCCUAGGACUUGCUGAUCAGAAGGUCGGUUCGAAUCCCCGCGACGGGGUGAGCUCCCGUUGCUUGGUCCCUGCUCCUGCCAACCUAGCAGUUCGAAAGCACGUCAAAGUGCAAGUAGAUAAAUAGGUACUGCUCCGGCGGGAAGGUAAACGGCAUUUCCGUGCGCUGCUCUGGUUCGCCAGAAGCGGCUUAGUCAUGCUGGCCACACGACCCAGAAGCUGUACGCCGGCUCCCUUGGCCAAUAAAGCGAGAUGAGCGCCGCAACCCCAGAGACGGUCACGACUGGACCUAAUGGUCAGGGGUCCCUUUACCUUACUGCUUUUAAUUGCUUUUAUUUUACUAUUCACAGUCCUGAUACCUUAUGAGAAGGUGGUAUAUAAAUAAAUAAAGAAAGAAAGAAAGAAAGAAAGAAAGAAAGGUGUGGGGAGAAUUCUAAGCUCUUGGAGAAUGCUUUUCUGCUAGCUCUUAUGGUUUUGAUACAUAGAUGGCAUAAUUCAGAGUUUCUUGUUGACCUUAAGAGGUUGUGGUUCAUGCUGGGCCCAAGCUGUUUAGGACUUUAGAAGUCCUAACUAGCUCUUUGAAUUGGGUCCCUGUGCUCUCUAUUAUCUGUUAAGUCAGUUUGUUUAUCAUUCUAGCUGUGAUGCAAGGCGAAGUAAAUACUUCUUGCAUCAUGUAAGCCACUAGAUUAGACUAAUAGCAUUAAUGUAAACACUCUUGGCCCAAGUACUGAGAAUUUCAUGUUACAUUUCAAGAACUUUUCACAGAAAAUGUAUUUAUUUUAGGAAAGGAGCAUUCCAGAAAAUACAUGCAAUAUUUAAAUGGGUUCUCUUAUUCAUAAAUCUAGUUUAAUCUUCUUCUUUUUUGUUCACUUAGAAUACCAAUGCACUUGUAUAACAAUAUGGGGCCCUUAUUGCAUCUUAAGUUUUGAAGUGAACUAGAAUAGACUUUUAAGAUUCAUCUUGGGAUUCCUGAAAAGGCAUCAUACCUUUAAAUGAAGAACUGAAAUAACUAUUUUACAUUUUUAAUUAAGGUGCCUUUGAGAAUUUUUUAAUAACCCAACCACAGUCUUCAGUGGAGAAGUUGGUGAGAGACCGCAGAUUAGCAUGAUUGGUGUCAAAUCUGCAUCAUGCUUGAUAUUGUAAAGAUAUGUUAUAUCCAGUCAUGGCUUUUUCGAUAGGUGUCAUCUGUGUCGUAUUCCAUACUUUUUCAAAGGUGCAGUAGUUUUUCUAGGUGUGGGUGGGCUUAAGUGGGUAGGACGGAUUGGUGAAAAUUGGGUGCUCCACUUUGAAGAUGUGUUUCCCAGGUCUAGGGUUGCAAUAUUUUGAAGAGCAAAAAAGAGGACAUAUUUGCCGACUUCUACUUUUAACUAUGGAUCACUAAAAUGAAAAAGAGGACGUGUCCUGGAAAAAGAGGACAUAUGGCCACCAUUAGAUACUAUCCAAGAUGGAUGCAAAUACAGUGGUACCUCGGGUUAAGAACUUAAUUCAUUCCGGAGGUCUGUUCUUAACCUGAAACUAUUCUUAACCUGAGACACCACUUUAGCUAAUGGGGCCUCCCGCUGCCAUCGCCCCGCCACCGCACGAUUUCUGUUCUCAUCCUGAAGCAAAGUUCUUAACCCGAGGUACUAUUUCUGGGUUAGCAGAGUCUGUAACCUGAGGCGUCUGUAACCCGAGGUACCACUGUAAGGUGUGUGCCACUGAUAGGCAAGGAAAGAGUCCCCACCCACCUCCCCAGUCCUGACUGUAUACCGUAUCUAGGCCCAAACUUCUGCCUGCAUCUGUACAGCUACAUGUACCUUUGGCUCAAUAGGCUAGUGGUAUAACCAAUCAAACAGUGCUUUUGGGAUCUAAAUAGGCAUUGCAGUGUACACUAGAAAAAGUCUGUCUUGUACUCUGAACAUGAUUUAUAGCAAGCUUUCCAAAAAGGUCGGACACUUCUGUGCUAUAAAUUGCUAGCAGUCUGUUGGAGUUUGAAGGUUCUUUGCAAUGGCUGUAGUCCUGCAAGCACUGCUAUAGCCACCAUGCAGGUGUAACUCACUAACAGCAUCAAGCUUAUUUUGUACUUUGUAUAGGCAGGGCUUGAAAAUGUUGCCUUUGCCCAAGCCUAUGCAGGCAGAGCAUUGCUGCAUCCAGAGAAAAUGCAGCAACACUACUGUGACAUAAGUCACAGAAGGAAUAGCAUGUCCUGCCCUGGCACUGUUGUGUCAUUUCCCCUGGGGUAGGAUAAUGGUGUCUACAUUGCUCUGUUUUCCCACCCCGUCUCGUCUCCUCCACCCAGAGCUUGUCCUCACAUGCAGGGGAAGUAUCUAACUCACCAAGGGUUUGAAACCCAUCUGCUAAGUAUUGCCCUAUGUAUUUGAAUAUUAUGAUAUAACUUUCCUUUUUGAUCUAAUGCAUGUACUGAAAACUGGAACUUGAUGCGAAGUUUCCUGACUGAUAGGAGUUCAAGAAAACCCAUAAUUAUCUCUCCUGAGGCUUUUGUGUUUGUGUAAUACAAAAAUAACUAAACUACAGUGGUUCAUUAACACAUUUCAUUACUGGGUUAGUGUUUUGAAAGGAAAAUUGGUAGGAUAUAUAGUCUUAAAUAAGACAUGCAUUAAAAUUUAAGAGUUGCAACAAUCCAUACCCAUUGUAGUCAGAUCUGUCUUGGUCUAUUAUUAUACAGACUUCUGGAUAGUAGGCGGAUUGAAAAGAAAUCAUUGCUAUUUUGGCAAAUAUUUCUUACUUAUUUUCUCCAUUUCACUUACAAUGUGUUGAUAUAUAAGUCAAAUACAUUUGGACUAGGUUUAAAAUAUUGGCUUAACUUCCAUUUAAGAGUGGGGGGAAGCACUUAAGAUUGUUUUUAUUUAAUGGUAGGUAUACAUGGAUGUAGCCUGGGGGCAGCCCCCCCAUCAAGUAAAACAAUAGAAAUACUUAACUAAUAGUCCAGUCAUGUUAGUUCUGCCCCCCAACAAAGUCCUGACCCCCCAAAUCCUGGCUGCACCCAUGGUGUUAUUUUCAUUUUGUUAAAUAAAAAAAUUUUUUUAAAGCCUGCACAUGAGAGAGUGUGCCAGUGUGUAUUAGUGAGUGGAUACUUGCAUUUCCUAGUUCCAUCUUUUUGAACUUCCUUGGUUGUGUUUUGAUAGAGUUAAGGUAGUUACAUGUAGUUGUUUUUAUUUUAUUUAUUUAACAAAAUGUAUCUACCACUUGAAUAUUAUGAAACCUCUAAGUGCUUUAAAGUAACUAUUGUUUUUUUUCAAUUAUAAGAAGCCCAAGAAGCCCUACAUAAAGAAUGCAUUGCAGUAAUCCAAUCUUGAAGUCACCAGUGCCUGAACUACUAUGGCCAAGCUCUCCCAGCCCAGGAAUGAUCAUAGCUGUAAUACCAGGUGUAGCUAGUUAAAGGCACUUCUAGCCUCUGAGGCAACCCAGACUUCCAGUGACAAAGCUGGAUUAAGAAGCCCUCCAAACCCUCCAUCAGGCGGUGUGCAAUUCUGCCUAGAACAAGCAGUUGACAAAUUUCUUGGACACAGGAACCAUGUUUUCCAAUUUGUCAAGAUUAAAGCCCAGUUUAUUGUCCCUCAUACUUGGUUCACUUUUUAAAUACCUAAGAGGUGAAAAAAUAUACAAACAGUCACAAUUUUAAAUUAUCCCAAAAGAACAAGAUAAUCAAAACUCCUAAUAUAGAAACAUUAUGACAACUAUUGAGCUCUUUGAUGUAGAAGAUUAAAUUGAAUUAUUUAUAUAAUGAUACAUUGUGUCUGCAAUCCCAAUGCCACUUAUCUGGGAGUAAGCUGCAUUAAAUUCAGAAGGACUUACAUUUAUUAUUAUUAUUAUUAGUAGUAGUAGUAGUAGUAGUAAAAUUUGUAUUACCGCCCUUCAUCCAUAGAUCUCAAGGCAAUUCACAACAUAAAAAUACGAGAUAAAAAACACAAAAUAAAGAACAAAAACAAACCUUGUCUUGUGUGGGGAAAGCCUGCAGGAGACUUUUGCUCACAUUUGCUUGAACACAAGCAACCUGUAAGGCCUUGUGGUGGCAGCCUGCAAGGCCAUGUCACAGCGGGAGGCAGAUGCAGCAGCGGCCUGCAAGGUCAUGUUGUUGCGGAAGAAGUGGUGCCAGCCUGGCACUAGUGGCACAAUAACCAGCAGCCUGUGAGGCCUUGCCCAGCAGGAGGAGGAGGAGGCCUGUGAGGUCAUGUUGCUGUGGCAGCAGAAGCAGCGGCAAGAAGUGGCAGCAGAAGCAGCAGCCUGCAAGACCUUGUGGUAGCAACGGGAGGUGACGGCGGUGGUCAGGCGGUGACAGAAUCAACACUGCCAUGGCAAUUCAGUAGUAGCGGUGGCAGCUUAUGAGGCCUUGUGUCAGGGGCACAAAAGUGGCGGUUUGCAAAGCUUCUCAGUGGUGAGAAACGGCAGUGGCCUUAAAGGCCUCACCAAGGCAGGCGGCUUCUGCUGCCACCUCCCACCUCAGUGACAUGGCCUCACAGACUGCUUCUGCCAUCACAUCCCAUCAGCACCAUGAGGCCUUGCAGGCCAACCCCAACUUCUGCCACAUCAUGCUGCCACAACAUGGCCUCGCAAGUCGCCUCCAUUGCUGCUGCUGCCUCCCACUGCCAUGAGGCCUCGCAAGUUCCUGAUUAUUGUACCACUGCUGCCAGGCUGCCACUGCUUCUACCACCACUUCCCGUUGCCACGGCAAGGCCUUGCAUGCCACCACAACUUCUGUCGCCACCUCCCACUGCCAUGAUAUGGCCUCACAGGCUGCUGCCACCUCUGCCACCGGCUCCCUGAGGCCCUGCAGGCCACUUCUGCAACAAGUAGUAGCAGUUGCCAGGACGUUACCCUGUUCGCCUUUGCAUAGUUCCAUCCUUAUUUUAACAUCACAAUAUAUUGGUAUAUCACAAUUUUUAGCUAGUGAUAUAUCACAAUUUUGAAAACCAUAUAUCCUCUAGUCCUAAUCAUUAGAAGCAAAGAAGAAAAGCAUCUCUGCCCACUUUAUCUACACCGUGCAUCGUUUUAUACAUCUCUAACAUACACCCCACUUUUUUUCCUGAAGCUCAGUAUCUCAAAACAUAAAAUUUCCUUGUACUGUAAAUGAGUUGCUCCAGUCCCCUGAUCAUUUUAGUUGCCAUUUUUCACACGCAGAAGUCCUUCAUUAUCUUGCCCAGCUUCUCGAAAUAGGUGAUCAGAACGGUAAAUGGCAGCACAAUUUGGGAGCUAGGCAGACACAGUGAGCAGUAUGGAGGCAUCAAGGAGGAAAUGGCACUUAAAGCUUUAUUGCCUUAAAAGGAGAGGGAGUGUGGCUAUCCUGAUCAUUAGCUGGUUGCUGGGAGCCCUCAGCCCCCUUUUAAACUAUGUAAAGAGCUCUCUAGCAAUUUGUAACAAGGCCUGAAGUGGCCUGCUAGCCAGAAAUGUGCUUCUAGCCCCUCAAAUCCUCACCAUGCUGCACUUGAGCUUGCAAGACAAUUAACACAUUUGUUAGCUGUUUGCCAAUUUUCUUAUGACUUAAUUAGUUGAUCAUAUACAUUCCUUAAAGUGUUUAACAAGGCAGGAGUAUAGGCAUAUAGAUGAACCUGUUGAGCUUGGAGUGGUUUCUUCCAUGUGUCAUUGCUGUGCAGCAUUGUGGUCAGUACCAUCCCUGGCAUUUUGUGCAUAGUAAUUGUCCUCUGUUGACUGCAUGGUCUGUGUCUCCAGGCUGCAGGCACUAUCCUCCCUUUCCUUGGUACAGAAUUUGGGUUAAGGCUAGACACUGGAAUUUUGUCAGCAGAAGUUCCUCAGUUUAGGCUCAUUCCUCUAUUGGCAUCUGUAAAAUCUCUGUGGAGUUUCCUGCUCAUGCUAUCCCAGUUUUUUAAAAAUACUCAGGGUGUAGAUAAAGACCUUUUAUGGGAAGGUGCAUAGUUCAGUGAUAGAGCACAUGCUUUGCAUGCAAAAUGCCUAGGGUUCACUUCCUGGCAUCUUAGUAGGGCUGGGAAAGAUUCCUGCAUCAAACUGGAGAGUUCUGCCAAGCAGUGUGUAGACAAUAUUGAGUUAGGUAGACUACUAGUAUGAUUUGGUAGACGUCAAGAUUCCUUUGUUUCAAAACAUCAGCUGUGCAAAUUACCAACAUUCUUAAGAGUUAAAGGGGCAGAUCCAAAUCAGAUACGUAGUAAACUGUUUUACUAGAUGGUUCAAGUCCAUUGUUUUGACUCUGUCUACCAGCCUGUCAAGUUUGACUCAUUCACUCGAAUUUUGCUCCAUAUUAAUCCUGCUGUGCAGGAAGGACAGUAAUUCAGCUGCUUUUGGAGACAGCUUAAUCGCUGGAGAGGAAGGGGCUGGGGUGGAUGGGCCGGCGCUCGUUUGCCUUCGGCCUCGAGAGCGUCUUCCGGGCGAGCAGUGACCAGGAUCGUCCCUUCGUAGCGAAGGAAGGACCAAGCCGCCUUUUCCCGGCGCGACCUUUGCUGCGCUAAGCAGUCUCCCUUGGCGGAUGCUUGCGAUAGCUGGCUGCAAACGGAGCCCGGCUGAUCAUGUGAGGCAGAUCUGCCCGCCCAGCCUCCUUCCCUCCCUGGGCCCAAGCAGGAUACCGCCUCCUCGUUCUCACUGGCUUUAGGAGGAGCUGGCGGAGAGUGAGCUCAGGCUUUCUUCGGCGACCAAUAGCUUUGCCACACGAGGCUUCGGACUGAACUCGGGAGUUGCUGCUUCUGCUUUUGGAUGUGACCGUGCGCCUCCCUCUUGGGUUUGGGCGCAGUUGUUUCCAGUUCAGAUUCGCGGGGGCUCCGGAGAUCGCGCAAGAAAAGGAGUUGGGUGGGGGUCGAAAUUCGGGUCUCCAUCUUAGGAGGCUUCCUAAUCAAAGUGGAUCUAAUUGGUGAGACUUUCUGCAGCUUCUUCACACUAGCACGUCUUUCACUUUGGAUUACUUCGGAAACUUUCAUUAAAGGAACGCCCUUCCCUUGUUCAGGGAGCUGCCUGCCUCGCAUGGAUUUGUGCCCCCUUCUGGGUAUUGUUUUCGCGCCGGCUGUCUCUAAGCCUUGGCGUUUCCAGGAGGGGCCUCUGUUGUGGAUUGUUUUUGUUUCUAUGGAGAAACGCAAUGAGCUGUUCUACUCCUCAUGACGGGGAAAUCCGCCUUCAGUUUUUUAUACGCAUGGAAAGGAGUCCUUGAUACAUGCCUGCCAGGAAAUAAAACCAGCAAAAGAAAAGGUAGCAUUUCUUACACUGGCAUUGUUAGGCGCUGGACCUCAGUGAGAUUUGUGAAAGCCAGGAGUUGCUUGGGAUAUCGCAAAUGGUCAAUUUUCCUUGUUUGGCACUGUAUCAUAAACAUCUUUAGCUUUUCACUUGAUGAGUACACUAGUUGAUCCUGUAAUCUUUUUAAAGAGUUAUCAGAAAUAGAUUUGUUGUCCAUGUUUUAUUUUUCUUUACAUUCACUACACGUUUGGAAUGUAGCUCCCCUUCCCCCUCAAAAUCCAACUACUACUGGGGGGAAACAUACUGUAAAAAUGCUCAUCAUAUAAUUCAUGCAGGUGUUUGCCCUCUUUUCAUUACCAAGGCACCUGUUAAGGAAAUCAGAUUUGGAGGCUGGAUUUGAAUGCAUUUUCCUUCUUGAACCCCUACCAAGUUUUGAUCCAACAUUCAAAUGCGUCUGUUUACUCAGCAUGAUCAAAAUAUUUUGGGGAAACAAGGUACGGAAUUUUAGUUUGUUUGCCUGCACCUGAACUUUUUAUAGAGUUUUUCCUUUCAGCUGGAGCAGACAUUGUAGAAAUACUUUGCACAGUGGAAUUUGGGGGUGUACUAGUGAGAAGUUGGGCUCCUCAUGUGAUAAUCUGAUUCUGACAUGGAUUUUUGUAUUGUGGGUAUCAAGACACAAUAUGAAACUUUGGUGCAAUCAAAGAGCCACAUAAAAUUUAUGGAUGUUAGAGAUUGUUGCAGAAUUGGGCGGGAUCUGGCAGGCUCCAUGAUGGUGGGACAGGAUUCAGCACUUAGCCACACGUGUGUGUGUGUGUGUGUGUGUGGUGUGUGCAAAACAUACUUAGUGACUCACAGGCUACCCUGGAUUUCCUUUGUUGUGUAGAGAUCCACUUUCUACCCCAAGCACCCCAGGCUGUUGCAUAUAUGUCCACUUCAUAUUUAUCUGUGGUGUUCCUGAAGAUUUGUGUAAAGGUUUAUGUGGGUGAAAAAGACCUUGGUUGUAACUUCAGCUGUAAUUAGUUGGUGUGAACACUGCUCACUUUAAUUUUUAUUCUAUGGAAUUACUGUAGCAGAACAAUUAACAUGGCUUUAAAAAAUAGACAUAAUGAGAGUCAAUUUGAAUGUCUUUUUCCUCUUGUACUAUUUGCCCUGUGUUAAUAAAGGAGAUGGUGACAAAGUAAAAUAGGUUUUAUUUACUUCCUUGAAUCACAAUAUAGUGUCCAAGCCUGCAGCCAGAACUUUGUCAAGAGCGAGGGCUAUCGUUCCAAGCUGGUGCUGAUGAAAAUAGCUAUCACUACUACUUUUUCUUUUACUUUUUUAAACAGCAGCCUUGUGCAUUGUAGUAGAGUAGCAGAGGUGAAUAAAACUCUCAGAUGGCUAUAAAAAAGUACAGCAACCUCCAACAUCUGGUUGUGUUCCCUUGGUGACUUCAGGAUUAACUAUUUCACUGCAGAAGCAUCUGUACACACAGUUCUGUUGCAGUUUUGUUUAUGUUGUUCUUUCCCUCCCUCCUCUACUCCAUUUUCUUCUGGUUGCUCACUACUUCACCCUGCAAAAAUGUGGUGUUUACUAUGCAAGCCCUUGUAAUGCAAAGGAGGCAUAUGUACUUAGAAAAUACAUGACUGAUGGUCAGUAGCUUCAACACUUUAAUUCUGGUCUCACAGGGAUGCUUACAACUAAUUCAGAUUUAACACCAAAUUAUCUGUAGUAAAGUGUGGACACUGUGAUGGGCUAGCUCUGGCUGUCAAACAGUGAUAAGGUAUUCUUGUGAGCACAGCUGUAGUUUAAAAAAUGGGUCAUUAAGGGGUGGGUGUGUUUUUUUAAAUCAAGCUUUUAGAUCUUAACAAGUGACAACUCAGACGUAGGUACAGUAUACCCAGUAGAAAUUGAGAAAGGUGCAUCAAGGUCUAAUACUUUAUGACCGAACUGUUAGUUCUUUGGUUCUUCGAGAACAAAGGAGACAGGCUCUAUUGAUUGAAUUGCAGUACAUUUGGUGCUACUCAAAGAGAUAAUUUGAAUCUUUCAGGCUUUUAUUUUUUUUGUGACAAAAUUCAUACGAUUAGAGUUUUGUUUGGGGUUUACAGAUGUCUUAUGAAACAUAUAACAAGUCAAAACAAAUUCUCAUAUUAACUUAAAUUGGAGGUAAAGUUUGCACAGUACACUUGGUAAAACCAGCAGUUUCAGUUAGAUCUUGCCUAGUAGUCGGAGCAUUAUGGUGUUGACUUCAGUGUUCACAGAACAAGGCCGCUUCUCUUCUAGCAAACCCUGCCAAAAAGGAGAGAUGAGACAUUCUGAGUAACUGUAAGCAAAAACUCGUAAACCUUUUGUACUAAUAUAUUCAGUAUAAACUACAGGUGUUUUUGGUGUUCUCUUGUGAGGGACCACCCAGAUGCAACAUUCUGAACUGGCAUAGGGUAAAUUUUGAUUAUUUUUUGAGGUUGUGGGUUUUAAAAAAAUUAAAAAUGAGUUGUCCAUGUUAAUAUUAUAGGCUCCUGUCUUGUUGAUUGAUUUUAUGUAUCAAAUAAUUUCAAGCAAAAUAUCAUACAUUUUGUCCUAAAUCCCAGGAUACGUUGCAACAAUGAAUACAUAAAACAAUCAACCAUGGAAAAAAAGAAAAAGUAAACUGUACAUAAAAUAGUAUUAUGAUUAUAUAUUUAUAUAAUUAUAUAUGAUUAUAUAUAUUAUGAUUAUACUUGUCACUUUUUGCAACGCAGCUUGCAGUACAAGAACAAACAUUAAAACCAAACAGAAGAAUAAGACUAAAACAAGAACCUAAAAUGUUCAUUCAUAAAAAUAUAUAAAAAGGACAUAUCCAACCUACCCCACUAAAAGGAUGAGCACAAAAGUAGGCUAAAAACAACAACCACCUUCCAAUUUAAGAGUCAGAAGCCUGGGCAAAUAAAAACAAUGUGAUAGUUCCAGGCAUAACCCCCUGGGGAGAGCAUUUUACAAGUGCAGAGUCUCCACUGAAAAGGCCCAUUCUUUGUAUCUUCACUCUGCAUCUCCUUUAGAGGGACACAUAGUGAAAGGUGAUGGAAUGCGGGGUCCAGGUGAGUUCGUGUGUAUAGAGGUGGUCAUUGAGGUAUUGGGGUACUGCACUGCCUAAGGCUUUAUAGGUCAAAACCAGAGUUAAACUUGGCCACCAGUGCAGUUGUGCCAAAAUUGAUGUUAUGCUCAAACUGUCCUGCAAUUUGGCAGCUGAAUUUUGCCUAGCUGUGGUUUCCAAAUCAUUUUCGAGGGAACUCAACCACACAACACAUUACACUAAUCCAGGGGUCAGCAAUUUUUUUCUGCAGGGAGUCGGUCCACUGUCCCUCAGACCUUGUGGGGGGCCGGACUAUAUUUUGGGAAGCUCCUCUCCACUGACUCUCCCCUCCCUUCUCUACAGCACUGGAUGAGCCCCAGUGGCUGCUUACCUAUGCCUUGCAAGCGGCAGGGGCUGGUGGCAGGACAAUGAGUGCCGCGAAAGGGCUGGCUCCGGAGAGGGGCUGCGUAAAAUGAUGUUCAGCCAACCAUGGCUCAACAAAACCCAGCCCCCUUUCUCCUCUAGGGAGGGGGGGAGAAGCUAGGAGGAGGGAGGGAGGAGGUGCCUCCAUGGUGUGUGUGAGGGGAGGGAAUGGCGCAGCCUGAACAAUCAGAAUCCCCACGCCGAUCCACGUGGCAAUUCCAGGACCGUCCAUGGGCCAGAUCCAGAAGACAGUUGGGCCGGAUCCGGCCUCCAGGCCUUAGUUUUGCUGACUCAUGCACUAAUCUAACCUAGAAGUUACCAAAGUGUAUGCAAAACAAGUUAGUCUAUCUGGCCAGAGAGGGGCGUAGAUAGUUUGCACCACUGAGGCCACUUGUACCUCAAGCUACGUUACUGGAGCCAGAAAUACCCAUGAGCUACAUGCCUCCUUCACUGAGAGUGUAUCCCUACCCAGAUCAGGCCAAGCCCCACCCAUGCAAUCUGGGAACAGUCUGUCAGUAUUAGCAGGUUCUGGGUCCUUGUUGGAUAUUGUAAUUUUACUCAUAUUAAAAUGUUGUGAGAGUUGGCCCAUAGGAAAACUAGUUGAUUUCUCUGGUUUUCCAGGAAUGAGUUCCAUAGAUAACUGAAGGCUCUGAUUGGGCCUGUAAGAUAGUUGGGACAACCUGGUAUUUGUCAGUGGAUAUAUUUAUUGCAUUGCAGAUUAAUUUGGUAAAAACUGAAGCAAUGUGCUUAUGUUUAAAUGUUCAUUCAGAGUUGAAUGUGAAUUGUUCAGUGGUGUAUUGAAAUGUGUGAGAUAGCUGAGCUUGCCUGUUCUGGUGCUCAGCUUCUAAGCAUAUGUGUAGUGGUAAUUACCUUGCAAGGCUUACAAGAUGGGAAGAUGGGGAUGCCGAAAUGAACAUUUGACUCUUCCCACAUUGGAUUAUCUACAUGUGUGGGCUGUCAGGUGAUUUAAAGGUUUAAAAUGGUUUGGUCAUAAAUUGUAAUCUGUUGGUUACACCUGUGUACAAAUAAAUUAUUCUGAAGGAAAUGGUCUUUUGUUUUUAGAUGCGUACAUGUGUCACAGGGGGCAGCAUAUGGAAAGAGACAUUCCUUACUGUCUGAGAUAGAAGAAAUGUCUGUUCCAAUAUGAUGUUUUUGUAAGCAAAAAUAAUUAGCUCAGUGUGCCUAUAUGCAUGUGUACACGGAAGUAAGGCCCACUGUGUUAAUGGGAAUUACUCCCUACAAAGUGUGAUUAGAUUCUUGAAAGAAUCUGCCUAUCAAUUAAUUGGUGGCAUAUUUUUAUUCAAAAUAUUUUAAUUGCUUGAUCCAUACCAUUAAUUGAUUUAAAUACUUGCAGUUCUAUGUUCACUAAAAAUGCACCAUAAGCUGCUCAGUUCCCAGUGAACCUUUUAGCAGGCUAUUAAGGUUAGCUAUAGUCUCUAAGGUAUGUAAUAGCAUUGCAACCACACACAAAAAAUGUAGCCAGAUGGUUAGAGACUUUGUGAAAAUAUUUUGACUAAUGUGAAAAACCAAUUGUAAGCUAUUACCAUGCUUGAAGUGUGAAUAGUACAAAACGUUUCUAUUUUAGUCUGCUUAUUUUUUUUAAAAAAAGAUGUUGCUCUCCUAUCUUUAAAACAACACUAUAUGCAAAGUAUGUGUCGAUACAUACACCAGGAAUUUUGUCAUUCUUUUUCCUUGUAACGUUACUGCUUGUCUUUAAGUGAGGUAGAGAUUUCUGUGCUGCAAAUGGCUAAGCAAAAUUGCUAAUUGCUGCCCAGAGUACAUUGAGUAAGAACUUUGAAUGUAUCAAGGAUAAGGUUUCCUGAAUAGCACAAAACUUAACUAGAGAAGCUGUUAUGUUUUUAAGUAGACACUAAUUAGUCUGAUUUUUGAGAUGGUGGAAAGAAUCACCUCAUCUCUGAGAUCAUUAGCAGUUGCCCACUGUUGCAUGCCUCAGGGAUUUUUCUUUGUGGGGUAAAUAUAUGCAGUAAAACAAACCAGCUUACUGGUCACUUACAGGUUUUGCUUGCAGUUGUUACAACAGAAGGAUUGUGACUGCAGUCCUGUGUUUUUAUACAUUGUUCAGGGUGUGGCUACAAUCGCAGGUUUGAUGUAUCCUACAUGUAGAGAAGCUCUCUUGGCAUUUGAGUUUCAGGAGCAUUUUAACUCUGAGAUACUACUUACUCAAACAGACUGUGUUACUCCAUACAAAACCAGCACCUGAAAGUCUGUACUACUUCUUAACGCCAUAUGACUAGUUGCUAUAUAAGACUUUUUAAUACCCUGUUUAAACUUCAUUGGUACUUUGGCUGUAGCCCAGACACAGUUAAACACACUUAACUUCCACUGCUUCCACUGAGACCUAGACGCAGACAUGAGCAUGAACUUGAUGGUGGCUUUUAUGUUUUAAUGCAGAUCACAUCAGGUUCUGUUUUCAGACAUUGUGAAAUGUGGUAGUAUUUAGCAUUUAUUGGGUCCCCUGGUGAAAUUAAUUUCAGGGGAGACAAAGGAAAACACUUUUCACACAACAAAUUAAUGUAUGGCAUUCCCAACCACAAGAUGUGGUGUUGACCAUGGCUUAGAUGGCUGUUAAAAAAUAGAUUAAAAUUCAUUUACCCUAAACCACCUUAUUAGGUGCUCUAAUUAAGCAGUAUUCCUUUACAACUAUCUCAUCCAUUUCUUUAGUUACAAAUUAUUAAUAAAUGUGGUUAAAAUACAUAUUCCAAUAUAUUAUAUAUUGAUUGCAAUUCAAGUAACAUGUGUUGGUAUUAUUAUUAUUAUUAUUAAUUGAAUUUAUAUACUGCCCUAUACCUGAAAGUCUUAGCAAAACCUCCCCAACAUCCAUUCUCUUAGAUGGCUUUGAAAAAGGAUUGGAAAAUUUAAUGGAGAAUUGGUCUAGCUAAGUGGAGCUUCUAUAAUCAGAGGCAGUAUCGCUGUAAAUACCAAGUUUCUGGGGAAGUUGGCAUAUAGGAUGGGUUGCUGUCUUCAUGCUGUGCUUGUUACCCUUCUGGAAGCUGUGAGAAAUAAAUGCUGGACUGGAUGGACCUACAAGCCCUGUUGGAUUAGACCAAGCUUUCCUAAACUUGGAUCUCCAGCAGCUGUUGGACUACAACUUCCAUCAUCCCUAGCUAACAGGACCAGUAGUCAGGGAUGAUGGCCUGUAGUCCAGAAACCGCUGGAGAACUAAGUUUGGGAAACCCUGGAUUAGACCAUUUUUACAUUUAGUAAAUGUGUCAGAUUCUCCCCCCCCCCCCAAAAAAAUAGGCUUGAUUGUUUUCUUUUGAAAGAGGGGGCUUUACAAAUGUGCUCAUUUUGUUUUGCUUUCUUACAGAAAUGAGUCGUCAAACUGCUACAGCGCUUCCCACGGGUACCUCCAAGUGCACACCAUCACAGAGGGUGCCUGCAUUGACUGGCACCACCGCUUCCAACAAUGACUUGGCUAGUCUCUUUGAGUGUCCUGUCUGUUUUGACUAUGUACUGCCACCUAUUCUGCAGUGCCAAAGUGGCCAUCUUGUUUGUAGCAACUGUCGUCCCAAGCUCACAUGCUGUCCGACCUGCCGAGGCCCACUGGGUUCAAUUCGUAACUUGGCUAUGGAAAAGGUUGCCAACUCUGUACUGUUUCCUUGUAAAUAUGCCUCCUCUGGCUGCGAAAUCACUUUGCCCCACACUGAAAAAGCAGACCACGAAGAGCUUUGUGAAUUCAGGCCUUAUUCGUGCCCAUGUCCUGGUGCUUCUUGUAAGUGGCAAGGCUCUCUAGAUGCUGUCAUGCCUCAUCUCAUGCACCAACAUAAGUCAAUAACGACACUACAGGGAGAAGAUAUAGUUUUCCUUGCUACAGACAUUAAUCUUCCUGGUGCCGUUGACUGGGUUAUGAUGCAGUCUUGUUUUGGCUUUCACUUCAUGCUUGUAUUGGAGAAACAGGAGAAAUACGAUGGUCACCAGCAGUUCUUUGCAAUUGUACAGCUGAUAGGAACACGGAAACAAGCUGAAAAUUUUGCUUAUCGACUUGAGCUAAAUGGUCAUAGGCGACGAUUGACUUGGGAAGCAACUCCUCGAUCAAUUCACGAAGGGAUUGCAACUGCCAUCAUGAACAGUGACUGUCUAGUCUUUGACACCAGCAUUGCACAGCUUUUUGCAGAGAACGGCAAUUUAGGCAUUAAUGUGACGAUUUCGAUGUGUUGAAACCGCGAUCUGACGUUUUCAGGCCAGUGUCUAAAAACAACCCACAGCAUUCAGUUUCAUAGAACAAAGGUAAACAUCUUUGACUGCCAGAUGUGAACAAUUUGGUAGGGAGAGGUUAGCAUAUAUGAAGGUAAAUUAAUAGGAAGGCUGUUAAAGUACAGGAAACAGUUGCAUGUAAUAACACUAAUAUAUUUAAAAUAAGUCAGCAGUAAACCACUGAAAAUAUAUAUAUAUGCGUGUAUGUGUAUAUAUAUAUAUAUUCUACCCAAAAUGGGCAUCUUUUUGUAUUAAGAACUGAUUGAAUGAAAUGUGUUGUAAAAUAAUUCUAAACUUGUUUGUAGAUUGAUUGUACGUUUGGAACAGAUACUGUUUUGUGUUUAAUUUGUAUUCUUUUCCUUUGACUGACAAGCCAUGCAAGGCGGUCCAGUCUCUGGCCGCUACUUCCCCCUAUUCUUCCUCCCCUCCCACUGCGUAAGUCACUACAUAGUAUUGCUGCUGUUCUUGUGUAAAUUUUCUGUGUAUUUGCUAAUUUUUAUUAACUUCUAGUUUUUCAUUAAAUAAAUGAUUUUUUUCUUUUAUGUAAUUCAGGUUUUUCCUUUUUCCUUUUUUUGACCCUUUGAGAUUAAUUACAGGUGUCCAUUUUCUGAUACUUAUAAUUACUUAUGGUAAAGUGUAUACUUCUGUAUGUUUGGUAUCAUUUUUAGGGGGGUGCAAUCCUGCCACUGGUUAUAUAGUACAGAUAAGUCCUGUGGACCUAUAUGGAACUUAAACCUGAGUAACUCUGCAAAGGAUUGAAGUCCUUAGUCUCUUUCCAGUAGUUCAUUCAAUGAUACUGUUGUUCAUUCAGCUAUUUUUGUGAACAUAACAGUGUCUAAAAAGGGGCAACAUUGAACUGAUUCCUAAAACGGCUUCUUUUAAAUUGUAGAUGCCAUUGUAUUUUGAGUUCAAGCAUAACUGCAGAUUUGUUUGAGAAUGUUCUAAUUUAAAAAAGUGGAAGGUCAGGCACAUUUUCAAAUGACUUUAGAGACCUUUAGACAUUUUGAAGUCAUUCUUGUAUUUAUUGGUUGUGCAGUACAAGAAGGCAUUGUCUAUACAGUAUUUGUAACUAUAAAUUACAGACCAUUUGUUUAAAUGAGGCAGUUGAAAUAAGCUGUUUUUGGUCUUUUUUAAAUUCUGUCAUUAAAAGAAUUCCUGGCAAACUGAAAACUCUUUUAAGUGAAUUUUUUGCCUUAACGGAAUAGAAGCUCACUUGAAUGCAACAUUGCUCAGAAUUCCUUGUUCCUUUGUCCAAGGAUAUGCUGCCUGUUCUUGCACAAGGGGAACACUGAUAGUGUUCCUAGCUCCUAGAGGAGUUCCCAGUGGUAGUGGUGGUGGUGGUAGUAGCAGCCAUUCUUUGACCUGACCUUUUUUCUGAAACAUUAAUGGUUGGGAUUUCUGGGAUUCAACAUGCAGGGCUUAAUGCUGCAUCUACUUUCCAGAAAUGUCAACCAAUGUGAUAUUUCUUUUGUGUUUACUUUUGUUUUGCCAAUGGGAUCUGUGCCAAGGCUCUCUUAAUUUUUGUACGGAUUACACAGAUGAACACUCUGCAUGUCUUAAAAGUUAUCCUGAGGGAAGUGCUUGUGAAAGAUUAAAAGUAAUCUAUAAGGAUUCCUUUAAUAGAAGGAGCAGGCAGGAAUCAAUGCAAGAAUGGGAAAUAUUCUAUCUUUUCAACAGCUGGAAUAGCACUGUGGUGGGAAGGGGGUCUAGGAAGCAGAAGGCUGCUGGAUGCAGAUGUGAGGCACAAAAAGAACCUCAUUUCACCAAGACCCACAAGGCAUGCUUCAGCACAAUGCAGCUAGGGAACUGGGAGGAGAGAGGGUUUGAAUACACUGUAUGAGGGGUACUUCUCCAGGUCUGCUGUGGCUGAAUCAGUCUUGUAACUAAGCUCAGGAGAGUUACUAGUCUGUCACAGGCUAGCAGAGGACGGCUGUAGAGCUUUCUGUGCUAGGUGAGGUGGCACUGGGAUUUCCUUUCUCUGGCAGCCCAAUGAUUUCUAUACUUUGUGUAGAGGAAGAAUGAAGCACUCUGUCCUGGUAAUCAGCCCAGUCACUCUCCCCCAUGCAAUUCCUUGGUUAUCAAAGUACUUAAAUAUGGCUGAUCCUGCCCAUUCCCCCCCCCCCCAACUGCUAUGUUAUAUGUAAAUAUUUAGUUGUAAUCUAGAAUUCAAUAGAUUGCAGUUUGCUUUAACAGGAUAUUGACUGUGCUACUAAUUAGUUUUGACUUCAAAGCAGGUAUGAAAUGAGCAGCUGCAUUAAGGUAAGUGCCAUUCAGCCUGUUGCUUAUUAAGCUUGCUUAAAAAUACUGUCUUCUACCUAAAAUACUCAAACCAGGAAAUCCAGGAUGCCCCAUCAUCUCAGGUAUUGGCACUAUUACUGUGGGUGUUACCGGUUAUAUGGACUCUGUUUUGAAACCAUAUGCCAUCAGUGCUCCCAGCUACAUAUGUGGCACCACAGAUUUUCUGAGGAAAAUACAAUCUUUGAAUAAUCUUCCUAACAAUACUAUACUAGCCACUAUGGAUGUGGAAUCUCUGUAUACCAACAUCCCACACAGCGAUGGUUUACAAGCUAUAAGGAACACCAUUUCAAAUAAAAUCACAGCAGACUUUGCUACCAAACUCUGCCAUUUGUCCUUACCCACAACAACUUCAAAUUUGGUGAUGACCUGUUCCUCCAGAUCAGCAGCACAGCACAGCAAUGGGCACCCACAUGGCCCCACAGUAUGCCAACAUCUUCAUGGCAGAUUUAGAACAAUGUUUCCUAAACUCCUACCCACUCAAACCUCUCUUGUACCUGCGAUACGUUGAUGAUUUUUAUUAUCUGGACACAUGGUCAACAGACCCUGGACACCUUCCACCAGACAUUCAAUGACUUUCACCCCACCAUCAACCUAACAAUGAACCAAUCUAUGCAAGAAAUACAUUUUUGGACACUACUAUAAAAAUACAGGAUGGGCGUAUAGAUACCACCUUAUACCGUAAACCAACUGACCGACAAACAUAUCUACAUGCUUCUAGCUACCAUACCAAACAUACCAAACAAUCCAUUGGCCCUACGUUACAGCCGCAUCUGUUCCAACUCUACAGACAGAGACAUUCACCUAAGAGAUCUACAGCAAACCUUUUUAGAACUAAAAUACCCACCUGAUGAAGUUAAACAACAGAUCAUCAGAGCCAGACUGAAACCAGUAGGAGAACACUUCAGUCUCCCAGGACAUUCUACACAAGAUCUCAAAGUAGCUGUCUUACUACAAAAGAAUUUCAGAAAUAGACUGGAAAGAGAAGUUGCUGAAUUGCAACUUAUUACCAAGCUUAAAACCAUGGAGAGACCUGGUCUGAAUAGAGACAUUGGAUUCUUAUCUCAUUAUACACGAUAAAGCUAUUUUUAGCCAUCUCACCCCUUGCUUUUUCCUGUAAGACCAGUUGCAGUUGUCAACAGGUUUACCACACCUAUCAGCCAAUCACCCAUUCCCACCAUCCUUCUGAGUAAUGCCCCUCCCCACCAUCUCACUAUAUAUCAGGGUUUGGUGACUUCUGUUUCAGUGUACCUGAAGUGUGCAUGCACACAAAAGCUCAUACCAAUAACAAACUUAGUUGGUCUCCAAGGUGCUACUGGAUGGAAGGAAUUUGUUUUGUUAAAAAUACUAGUCACUAUUGCUUGGUUCUGUCUCCGAUGGUGGAGGCAGUAUGUCUCUGAAUUCUAGUUGCUGGGAAUUUCAAAUGGGUAAAGCACUUGCAUUUUGGUCCUGCUUGUGGGCUUUCCACAGGCAUCUGGUUGGCUGCCGUGAGAACAAAGUACUGGACUAGUUGGGGCGUUGUCUUGAUCCAGCAGGGCUUUGCUCACUUUAAGGUGUAAUGUACACAUAAGCAAUCAAUGUAUUUGCAUAAAUACUUUUUUCUGAUUUUUUUUGUUUGGGGAGGGUCAUUUAACUCUGAAGCUUAGUUCUUAAUGUUUGCCCCUCUUUCCCCCUUAUAUUUAAGGAAGGGCAUUGAAACUGAGUAAGAAUUAUGCAGAUAUUUUAAGAUAACCUUGCUUUUGGACAGUGAUGCAUUUCAGGGCAUGAGUGAAAUGGCAUGCAAUUUGGAUGGCAUGCAUCUUGGCAGCUGUAUGUUUUCUGAGAAUCUGUGCCCUGCUGUUCUCUGUGACAUUGCAAAUAAACUUGGAGAGCACCUUGGAGCAUUGUGCAUACUGCAGCCAAUUAUGCUGGAUUUGUUUGUUUAUUUAAAGUAUUUCUAUUCCACCUUUCUCCCAAGUUGGGAUUCAAGGCGGCUUACAACAAUUUUAAAAACAUUUAAAAAUGUGGAGUAAUAAAAACAAUCUAGUUAAAAACAAUAGUUAAAAUACGGUAAAACACACUUAGAGCCAGUAUUAACAUACUGAUUGCCCUGAUAACAAGCAGCCCAGUAGUGAACAUAAACUGCACCUGGUUUUUAAAGCUCUGUCUAAAUAGGAAGUUCUUAACCUACUAACAGAGAUCUGGUCUAACCCCUUUUGGGAGGGAAUCCCACAAUAUAGGAAAAGGCUUGGCUCUCCUGUCACCACCAACUUUGAUGGGACCAAAAGAAGAUGCUUACCCACAGAUCUUAGCACCAGGGCAGGUUCAAAUAGAGAGAUAAUAAUCUUUCAGGUAACAUGGAUCCAAGCCAUAUAGGAUUUAGGUGUUGAACUGCUGCACUACUAACUGCAAAGGUGUUUUCUUUCAGUUACCUGAAUUAUCUGGUGUUCUGGGAAUGUUUGCAGACCCACUUGGCAGUAUAAAUAAGGUGACAUGUAUUUUUAAUAUGUAUAUCUCCCCUGUCCUCUGGGAUGGAACUCAAAGCAAUGAACAUGGAAGCUUUUCAGACCCUGCCCAGAUCUAAACUUGCUUAGCAUCAGCAAAUCAGUUGCACUAUGUGCCUUCAAACUAUGUGCCAAGUCAUAAUGAAGCUGCCCAGAGUCUGUCUAAGCUGCUAGUGUAUACCCUGAUCACCAGCAGCUCUCAGGUGGAUUUUUCUUUUCUGAAAAAAAUAGAAAAUCCAGAUCAAUUGGGGAGUAAUUCUAGUUGACAUGCACAGACAUUUUUUAUUUUUAAAAAUCUUUUUAAAUGGUCCAAGAUGAAUGCCACACGUUUGUUUAAUGAAACAGAAAGUAGCUGCUGAUUUGUUCUUGUUGCCCUGUGGCUUCUCACUCUCAUGCAGCUUGAAGUGAGAGCCAUUGCUGCAGCAUCAGAGGCAGACUACUUUUCCAGGUUUAUAAAAAUGGUUUUGAGGAGGCAAUGUUGUUACUGCCUU